AUGUCUGCUAUCCCAACCAACGCUAACGUCACCGUUUUAUCCAAGAACGAAAAGAAGGCCCGUGAAAUCAUCUCCAAAUUAGGUUUAAAGAAGGUCAAUGGUAUUGUCAGAGUUGCUUUCAGAAAGAAAAACAACGAAAUCAUUGCCAUUGAAAGACCAGAAGUUUACAAGACUGUUGGUGGUAACUAUGUUGUCUUCGGUGAACCAAAGAAGGAUGAUUUCACUCAAAGAUUAGCUGCUGCUCAACAACAAUUACAACAAACUACUCUUUCUGAUAAUGACACUGUCGACAGAUCUCCAGAAGCUAUUCAAGCUGAUAUGAAAGCUGCUGCUGAAGCUAAUGAAAGUAAAAAAGAUGAAAAGAAGGAGAAUGAUGAAGCUGAAGAAGCUGAAGAAGCUGGUGAUUUAAGCAACGAAGAUAUCGAAUUGGUUAUGCAACAAGCUAAUGUUUCCAGAGGUAAGGCCAUUAAAGCAUUAAAACAACAUGACGCUGAUAUCGUCAAUGCUAUCAUGUCCUUAUCCAAAUAA